AUGCGUUGCUUGGAAAAGCCUAGCAAAAACACUCCUAUAAAUGACACAAGCAUUGCUCCCUCAUUUCUCAUACUCAUUAAUGCUGGUUCUUCUUUUGAAAAAAAGGUACCAACUGUGGAAAAAAUCCUUAUAGAUGCUACUAUAGGACGCGCAUUAGAGGCGCUACUAGGAGCUGUUUCACAAGCAAGGGAGAGAGCACACAUGUAUGAAUCUAUUCUUGCACAACUAGAAUUCACAAUUCAAACCAUCACUCCAAAAAUCAGUGAAAUCGAUCAUCUUUCUGAAGAAGAUUUCCCAGACGAUGUCAUUUACCGAAUACGUCUACAGCUGAUUCAAGGCAGGGAACUAGUCAAUAAGUGCUCGAAUGCGGGUUGCUGCAACUUAUGGAAGAGCCAAAUGUACUACAAGAAGCUCCAAGAGUUGGAUGACUCUCUUCGGAGGCUGAUUACUAUUGAUUUGCAAGUUAAGGUGGCACUGGAUGUUAUAAGGAUAUCGACUGAGAUGAAGGAAUUGUGUAGGAGAUGGGAUCAAAAGAAUAAAAUGGAUGUGCAUGGGGAUGGCAGGGGAUGGAUUUUUAACAUAAGUGGAAGUAAGGUUUUGGGUAAGUUUUCUGGAUUGAAGAGGCUUGUGCAGACUGUGCAGUCAGCACCAAAGCGAAUCCUUAUGAAUUUGGUUACAUGUGGGGCUAUCACAGAAUAAAUCUAUAUAGCAGCUUCUGUCCCAAAAACUAUGGAUUGAAUAUUGUGUAAAAUUAGUGUUCUGGAUGCUUGAUGUUGGUGUUAAAGUAAUAAAAUGAUGCAAAUCAAAUCCCUCCAAUUGAUUGGAGGGAACCAAAAUUCAAGGAGACCUUCGAAAUUCCCUUUUAAAUUUUUUUUUUUUUAAAAUAGCCCACAUGCUGUACUUUAACUAUUGGAACAACCCUAUUAAAAAAGACAAUUGGAACGUUAUGUACUAGAUCUAUUUUAAUUGAGUAACUUUUCAGGAUGACAGU